AUGGGCGGUGAUGAUAGGGAGGUUAUGGAGCAACUUGCAUGUUCGAUAAUUCCUAUUUCUUCCAAGCCAAUUAAGCUAAUUGCGUGGAGUCCAUCGGAGAGAGGAAGAAUCAAGCUGAAUGUGGAUGGAGGAUCUUGCGGCAUUUCAAACUACAUGCCAAGUUAUUACGGUCCAGUGCCUCAUGCGUGGUUACCACCUUUUAUGCCUCCUCCAAGUGCCAACCCAUAUCCAUUGAGCAACCAGCAACAGCCAUGGAACUCUACAACCGCUGCUGCGUCAAGUACUGCUGCCUUGACUAGUUCCGCUACCUUGCAUAGUCCCGCCAUACCAAUGAUGGGACCUCCUCUAACUGCCUACCCAUAUCUAUGGAGCAAUCAGCAACAAACAUGGAACUCUACGAUCGCUCCCAUGUCUAGUUCCCCAACCAAUGUUAGCUCUAGUGUAGCUGCCAGUUGUAGUGUACAAAGCAGUGCUAGUGUAGCCUCUAGCUCUUGUGAGGCUUUACCAGCAUUUGUUCCUCCAACAAAUGCCAACCUAUAUCCAUGUGGUAGCGAGGAAAAUCAAGUGAAGCAAAGUAACUCUAUUGAAGAGAUUAGUGAGGCAUCUUUAGAAUCGAUAGACUGUGAAGAGCAGUCUACUGCCUCUUUGGGUAAUACUGUUGAGACCAAAGAGGCUGGCAGUUCUGGGUCACUUCAUGUCCAGCAAUCUGAUGGGGGUGAUAUCGCUGAGGAUCCAAAGCCAGGGAUGUGCUUUGAGAAUGAGAAUGCAUUGAUGGCUUAUUAUAAACAGUAUGGAAAACAAGAAGGUUUUCCGGUUAUGACACAAAGGAGUAAAAGAGAGAAAGAUGGGAGUAUCAAAUAUGUUACCCUGGGAUGUGCUCGUGGUGGGAAGGCACGGAAUAAGGCGUCAAAUGUCUCGAAACCUCGGCCAACAAGCAAGACAGAAUGCAAGGCAAGGAUGAAUGUGAUGUUCAAGAAUGGAAAGUUAUGUAUCACAUCAGUUUUUAACACACACAAUCAUGUACUCAGUCCAAGAAAGGCAAGAUUCUUUAGAUGCAACAGAGAAGUUAAUGAAUCAGUUAGGAGGGUGUUGGAUACAAAUGAUCAGGCUGGCAUACGGAUGAAUAAGAGUUUUCAAGCUAUUGUGACUGAGGCGGGUGGGUUUGAGAAUGUACCAUUUGGAGAAAAAGAUUGCCGUAACUAUAUUGAUAAGGCACGACACCUGCGUCUUGGUAAAGGUGGUGCUCAAGCAUUGCUGGAAUAUUUUAGAAGGAUGCAAUAUAAGAAUGAUGGAUUUUUCAGCAUCAUGGAGGUGGAUGAGGAGGAUAGGAUGAGAAAUGUGUUUUGGGCAGAUGCCCGUAGUAGAGGGGCCUAUAACUAUUUUGGAGAUGUGGUAACAUUCGAUACCACAUACCUGACAAAUAGGUAUGGCAUGCCAUUUGCACCUUUCGUGGGUGUAAACCACCAUGGACAAUCAAUCCUUUUGGGUGCGGGCCUUAUUUCAAGUGAGGAUACAGAAUCAUUUGUAUGGUUAUUCAAAAGUUGGCUUGAUUGCAUGGAUGGAAAAGCGCCAAAUACUAUUAUUACAGAUCAAGAUCGCGCAAUGAAGAAUGCGAUCACCAUUGUUUUUCCCAACACGCGACAUAGAUAUUGCUUGUGGCACAUAUUGAAAAAGGUCCCUGAGAAACUUGGUUCUCAUACUCAAUACCAAUUUGGCCUGAAAAGUAAGUUAUUAUCUUGUGUAUAUGACUCCCUUACUAUUGAGGAGUUUGAGAAUUCUUGGAACAUCCUCAAGGAUACAUUCAACUUGCAUGAAAAUGCAUGGCUGCAAAGUUUAUAUGCAGAGAGAGAGUUUUGGGUGCCUGUAUAUUUAAAGAACUCGUUCUGGGCCGGAAUGAGUACAACUCAGCGCAGUGAGAGCAUGAAUGCUUUCUUCGACGGCUAUGUGCAUGCCAGGACAAACCUUAAAGAGUUUGUUGAUCAGUUUGACAAUGCAUUGAAGAAAAAAAUUGAGAAUGAAAACCAAGCAGACUUUCAUUCUUUCAACUUCACCAUUCCUUGCAUAUCACAUUUGGCUCUUGAGAAGAAGUUUCAAAAUGUGUAUACAAAUGAAAAAUUUAGAGAGGUACAACAAGAGAUAAUGGGAAUGAUUUAUUGUCAUUGUCGUUUGGAGAAAAUGGAUGGAGUAAUCGCAACUUACAAAGUUGAUGAUGAAGUUAAGGCUGAAGAUUUCAUUAAGGAGGUUACUUAUACUGUUUUGUUUAAUGAGGCCGAGUGUGAGGCGAAGUGUCUUUGUGGGUUGUUUGAGAUGCGAGGGAUAAUAUGUAGACAUAUUCUUGCCAUCUUUUCAGCACGGAAAGUCCGUGAGUUGCCGGACAAGUUCAUAUUGGACCGAUGGAGAAAGGACAUAAAACGUAGGUAUACUAUUAUUCCCAGCAGUCAUGACGUUGCUGAUCAGAGGCCAGAAACUGUUAGGUAUAAACGUCUACUGAAGAUUUGUUAUGAGGUAAUAACAAAUGCUUGUACUGAAGAUGGGCAUACCGAGGAUAUGGUAUCAAAGUUGUAUGCGAUGAAUGAGGUAUACUGCACCUCGAAGCCCCACAACAUAGAUUCCAAUGUUGGAGUAAGUACUAUGAAUGCAGCCACGGAAGGAAGUUUGAAAAAGGUGCUAAGCCCCUAUGUUGUCAGAGGCAAGGGAAGACCCCCAUGUAAGAGGAGGAUGUCAACGAUGGAGGAACAAAUGAGGAAAAAAAAAACUAAGGCUGUGAGAAAGAAAGGAGAUAAAGGGAAAAGCAGAUUCAGGCAUGGAUUGGACAGCGAAUUAUUAGAAAGCAGUGGAAAUCCACUUUGUAGACAUCAAGAAAAUGCACAAACUCCUGUAUUGGUGGAUCAAAAAAGUGUACAACAAGAAGUUAUGGGGACACAAGAAACUAUUCAGCUAGGGAUGGAUGGGACACAGCCAGAGACGGGAGAUGGAACGCAGCCAAAUAGCAUGUUGUAG